CACAUUUUUUAUUUAACUGAAACACAUUAGCAACAAACAGCUGCUCCCUUAAAAGGCGUUUAAAAGGUACCACGUGAGUAUAAAACAGGGGGCGACGGAGCAGUUAAAAACUCUUAAGUUUAAAACUGACAACCGCUCUCAAACAUUAGCUUUAAGGACUAACGUUAAAGAGUUUUAUCCCCCUCAGGAAUCAAAACAAGACUGUGGGAUGCGAGGGCACCCAUGCUUGUCCUGUCGAGAAGGUAGCAACACAGGAGACGACUUGCAUUGUGGGUAAUGUAGUUUAUCGCUCGGUCCGCCCCGCAGCCGAGCGGACGGAGUCCCCUUUUUUAAAAAACUACACGCCCCAGCGGCGCCGACGGCCGAGGUCCCGGAUGUCUACCGCGCCGGAAGAGAAGCAGGUCCUUUUCCCAGCCAUCUUGUGGCUUCAUCUAGCGAAGUGUUCGCACCAAGCCUCGUAGAAUCGGAGUAAAAUCCUGCUGAAGGGGCGCCAUCAUGCCCGGACAAAUGCAAGAAGGUUUCGGCUGCGCCAUAACCAAUCGGUUCGACCAGCUAUUUGACGACGAGUCGGAUCCCUUCGAGCAGCUGAAGCAAGCCGAAGUGAAGAAGAAGGAAGCCCCUGCUCCUGGUGCCGCCAAGACCGCGGGUCAGGCUGCCAAGCAGCCGAAAAAGGAGUCCCAAAAAGACAGAAAGGUCCCGCUGACCGACAAGAAGGAGGAGAUCCAGGCGCCAGCCCCGCUUAAGAAAGAUGGUGCCGGCAUUAGGAGAAUGGGCCGCAAGCCGGAGGGCGAGGGCUUCAGACCCCAGGUUGGCUCGGGAGAGGGGCGCCCCCCCACAGACAGGCGGCCUGUGGACAGGCGGCCCCCGCGUCGCUUUGAGAGGCCUGCUGGUGAUGCCGGCGAGAAGCCCGAGGGAGGCGAAUUCUCAGUGGAAAAACCCAUUGGUGAUAGGCCGAUGAGAGGGCGUGGCGGCGGCAGAGGCGGCACCGGCACUGGCAUCCGCGGAAGCAGAGGCCGCGGCGGCAUGGGACGCACUGAUGGCUUUGACUCCAGAGGAAAACGUGAAUUUGAUAGACACAGUGGCAGCGACCGAUCUAGUCAGAAGGGUGAGGAGAAGCGUGGUGGAAGUGGACCUCACAACUGGGGCACCGUCAAGGAUGACGUCGAGCUUGACCAAUCAAACGUUACUGAGGAACACCCCGAGGGAGAGGAACACCCACCCGCUGACUCUGAGAACAAGGAGAAUGAGGUCGAGGAAGUGAAGGAAGAAGGCCCCAAGGAGAUGACUCUGGACGAAUGGAAGGCCGUGCAGGACAAGGAGCGAGCCAAAGUGGAGUUCAACAUCCGUAAGGCCAACGAGGGAGCCAAUUGGAACAAAGGAUUCGUGCUGCACAAGUCCAAGGCCGAAGAUAAGAAAGAAGAGGUGAUUGACACUGAGGUUGAGGAGCUCAAGCUUGACGAUGAACACCACUUCCGGAAGCCAGCCAAUGACAUUACGGCACAGCUGGAGAUCAAUUUCGGAGACCUGGGCCGUCCAGGACGCGGACGCGGCGGUGGACCACGCGGUGGCCGCGGCGGUCGUGGACGCGGCGGACCCGGCGGUGGCGGUGGGCCACCCGGCGCUCCCAGUGGCGAAGCCACUAGGCCAGUCCGCGCACCAAGGCCUGACAAGUCAUCUGCGUCUGUGCCCAACGUGGACGACCCAGAGGCCUUCCCAGCCCUGGCUUAAAGCCGCGGCCGCGGUUCCUCAGGCCUACAGGAGCCUCCUGAGCACCUCCUACUACGAGGCUUGCAUGUUCCUGGAUCCUUCAGCAAAGUGAAAUGAUGGAAGAAGACUGUCAUUAACUAUGGCACUCAAAGUGAGGACUGAGUUUUACCCAAUAAAAACAAAACGAAGAUGGAAGAAGAAGAAAAAAAAACAGAAAUUAACACAAAAAAAACAAAAAAAGAAAAGGACUUCUUGCUACUUGGGAGCAACUUAUUGGUAGAGGUUUUGUACUUGGAAACAAAGUAGCAGGGAUGUUUUCAUACAGUAUUUUUUUCAGAGGUUAUGCAUUGUCCAUUGAUACAUUUUUGUAAUUGCUGCUUGAAAAUAUGCAUUUGGAGACGUGAGCGUAAGAAGGUGUCUUUUAGCUCGGGUCGAGCCAUCGCUUUGUAACUGGAGCUCCGGCCCAACAGGCGUUUCACUCAUUAAGAUUUAAGGAUUUAUUUUUUCUUUUUUUCUUUAGCACUGGGGGUAUUGUUUUAUAUUUUAUACAGGAGAUCUAUUCUUAUAUGAUCUUCGGGCCUUUAAAUCUUUAACUAUUUUCAUAAAUUCCUGCAGAGACUGUAUUUCACACGGUGCACAUAGGACACGCCCCCUUCGAUCGAGCGUCGCUGCCCAUAUUCAAAAUGCAUUGAUGAAACGGCAUCUGUAUUAAGGGUUCUUUCUUUUUUUUUUGUACUGAAACGUACUAUAGGAGGAGCAUUAGGUCAUUUUGGAGGAACGCGUCGGGGAUUACUCCUAAAAUUUUCAUUGAUCUGGAGAAAUUUGCCAAGCGGAUUAAUUCUAAUCAGAAAGUUAAUCUGUUUUUUUUUUCUCCUGCUAAAAAACAAAACAUCUUAAUAAUCCCUUUCCUCCCCGCCCAUUUCCUCUUUGAUUGUCAUUCGCAAGUCAAUUAAUGCCUUUGCUCGUCACUCUUUUUUUUCUUUCUUUUUUUCUUUAAAAAAAGAGUGAUACGGAGAGGAAGUGUCUUUACGCAGUUGAGACGCGGCUGGAGUCUUCUGGAAGCCCUCAGACCUUCUCCGACUGUUUACACACUCCACUCCGCAGGUUUAGACUCAGCCCAGCUUCAGUUUGUGUGGGUUUUUUGUUUUUUUGCAGUCUGUUUCUGUGCUGAUUGACUUGCCCUGUAGCUUCCACGGUGGCGCCACUGCAUAAUUUGCUCUGAAAGAAAUACAGUCGUUCAUUGCGUGGAACAACUGAAGUGCUCUACAAAUGUGUGAAUUCUAGCCCUGCUAUUAGAGACCUCUGUCGGUAAAAUAAAAGGUGGUCGAUAAAUCUUU